AUGGCCUGGCUCUACUCCGCUCUAAUAGCUGCACCACUUCUGCUCACGAGUGCAUUCGUGGUGCAAACAAUCACCGGUCUGCUCCGAAACUAUGCGGCGGCCCGCACCAUUGGCGUGCCUAUCCGCUUCAUCCCCAUCAGUCCGCUGAACCCGUUCUGGGUGCUCGUAGACCGCAAGGCGCUUUCAUUCCUUCGCCGCCUACCUUUUCUCCGAAACAGCAGCUUUGCGCGGUACAACUGGCGGGGGUGGGAGGUCGCUGACAGGUAUCGAUCCCAUCAAGAGAUAGGCGAUCUCUGGGUGUUGGUGACUCCGUUCAAGAACUGGAUCUACGUCAACGAUCCUGAAGCGUUGAACUCUAUUUUUCGUCGGGGGUCCGACUUUCCUCGGCCUGUCUUUGUCAAUGGUAUGUUUCAUGUUCGAACCAAAGCUGCAUUGAAGCCCCCCUCAAUCCUCGAGGUCUUUGGGCCAAAUAUUGCCACUGCAACUGGCGAGGCUUGGAAAACGCAGAGGAAAAUCGCCCUGCACUGUUUCAAUGAGCAGAACAACGAGAUCGUCUGGAAGGAGGCUCUCACCUUGGCUCGCGAUGUGCUCAGCUACUGGACCUCAAAGCCGUCGAUCAACACGGCCGCUGACGAUCUGCGGACUCUGUCCCUGCAUGUCCUGUCACGCGCUGGCUUCGGCAAGUCGUUCAAAUUCGAAAGCCAGGAGGAUCACCAGAGGGCCUCCGGUGACAAGGCCACCGCAUCAAGCAUGAACCACAAGAAAGCGCUGGAGACCAUACUGGAGAACUGUGUCCUGAUCCUCGCCUUGGGAACGAAAUUCAUUGCCAACCCCUGGCUGCCAAAGAAACUGCGCGACGUUUAUGCCGCAUACCUCGCCUUUCGCACCUACAUGACCGAAAUCUACGAAGAGGAAAAAGCCGCCUACGCCGCGGGCCGCGUGACCGACUCAAACCUAAUGCGGUCCAUGAUCCGCGCCUCGCAGGCCGAAGCCGUCGGGAUGACCGAGGCCGAGAUCUACGGCAACAUGUUCGUCUUCAACUUCGCCGGGCACGACACCGUCGCACACAGCUUCACCUUUUCCAUCUUCUUCCUCGCGGCGAACCCGGCUGUCCAAGACUGGCUGGCCGAGGAGGUCACCCGCGUGUUCGGGGACCGCCCGAUCGAAGCAUGGGAUUAUCGCGCCGACUUCCCACGCCUCAAGCGCUGCCUUGCCGUGCUCUACGAGACCCUUCGGCUGUACACCCCGGUUCCGGCCAUUAAGUGGACCGCGGACAAAGCGGUGCCGCUCGUCGUCGGCGGCAAGACGUACGUGCUCCCGCCAGACUGCAUGGUUGCCCCGAGCUACGGCUCCGUGCAGACGGAUCCGCGCUUUUGGGGGUCGGAUUCGCUGGAGUGGAAGCCCUCGCGGUUCAUCGUCAAGCGUAACGGCGGUGGUGACGACGGGGAGGAUUUCCGCGUGCCUGUGCGCGGCGCCUUCAUCGGCUGGUCCGACGGCGCACGCGACUGUCCCGGGCGUAAGUUCUCGCAGGUCGAGUUCGUCGCGGCCCUGGCUGUGCUUUUCCGAAGCGGCUGGCGCGUUGAGCCCGUUACAAAACCGGGCGAGACCAUCGAGGCCGCGCGCAGGCGGGUCCUUGAUCUCAUCGAGAAUGAUUCGGGCAGUGUUCUGUUGCUGCAGAUGUUGCAUCCGGAGCGGGCACCGUUGGUGUGGAAAAGGCAAUAA